UAGGAAUUUGUGAUGCUCUGACGAUUUUGCCAAGCAAGAACGACGACGGACGAGGAAGAGGUCAACAAGCGAUUCUGCUGCUCUUUGUUUGUGGUUCGACUCCCGAGAGUUGCGGAGCGAAAGAAAGUGCAGACGAUUGAGCUUCUGGUGAUGUCCGAGGCCUGACCUUGAGGGGUUGUUCGGACGGAGAGGCCGCUCGCCGCCGUCGACCGUCGGGCGAAAUAUGUUGAGUAAUCGCGCUCGGCCAAAUCGUACGUGAGUCAGCUGCUGCUGGCCGUCGGACAGCAACAAGAAGGAGAAGAAGGAUCAUUUUUUCCACGGAGAAUGGCCUCAACGGACAGGAUGAAGGCCCCGAAGACGCUGUACAGCUCGUGUCUGAGCGCGUACACGGCCGUCCGAUCGAACAUGUCCGAAGAGGUGACCAGAAAUCUGCCCCUCAACAUUCAGUUUGACGUUUACUACAAGUUGUACGAAGACGGCGAGGUUUGUCAGCUGACGGCCCUUUUUUCGGAACUGCCCAUUAUCUCCAGACUGCUCAGGGCAAACAACAAACGACUCCAACUGAUAAAAAGUUUUCAGGCUGUGAUGGCUCACAACAACAGAGUGGCAGAACAACUGAAAAAGGCGUUCAUCCACAACUGCGAAAACGCCGUCUCUGUCAAUGCAGACUACAACGUGGCCAUCGAACUUGGCUUGCGAUUAGGAUCAUUUUUGAGUGAAGCUGGUUGGUUUUUGGAAAGUGAAGAGAUCCUGCGCUGGUGCGUAGUGUUGCUGGACUCAAUGUUGGACCGAUUCCCGACGGAGAUUAAAUACAUGAGACUAAAACUUGAAGUUCUGCACAAACUACUUCACGCACAAACAGUAUACAGCCUCUUUGAGCAGGCUUCAGGGACCCACCACAAAGCUUCUGAUUUGGUGAAGCAAAUGGCCAGCGUCAACCAAGCGCCCAACCUCGCUGGUCUCUACGCUGAGUUUUCAGUAUUGUAUUUCUUCAGGAGCCAAUACGACGAGGCAUACAGAUGGAGCAACGCUGCUUUGCAGGAGCUGGUUCCCAACUUGCCAGUCGGGGUGGUGAUAGACGUCCUACGCCAAGCGUCCAAAGCGUGUGUGGUCAAGCGCAAAUUCCAAAGGGCGGAGUUGCUGAUCAAACAGGCGGUGGCUCGGGCGAUUGACACCUAUGGAUUUUCACACCCCAAAUAUGCUGACACACUGCUGGACUUUGGAUUCUACCUCUUGAACUAUGACUCGAUCAGCCACAGCGUCACUGUUUACCAAGCUGCUUUGGACGCCAGGAAAAAGAUUUUCCGAGAGUUGAAUCUGCUCGUGGCUGUGGCAAAUGAAGACUUGGCCUAUGCACUCUACGUCCACGAAUAUAGUUCUGGUCACUUUAGUGAUGCAAAAGCCAAUGCUGAAAGGGCUAUUGAGACGAUGUCGAAAAUACUCCCAGCUGAUCACUUGCUUUUGGCCUCGUCUAACAGAGUUUUGGCGCUCAUUCUUGAAGAAAUGGCGAUAGAUAUGCCUGCUGGAAUGCCUUCAAAUGAAGCGAGCAAAAAUAUGCUGGAGAGAGCCGAGUCGCUGCACAAAACUGCAUUGAGGCUGACCAAAGCUGCUUUUGGAGAGCAAAAUGUGCAAACGGCGAAGCACUAUGGGAAUUUAGGAAGACUUUACCAAAGCAUGAAGAAAUACGAUGAGGCUGAAGAAAUGCACCUUAAAGCCAUUCAAAUAAAGGAGAUGCUCUUGGGGCAGGAGGAUUAUGAGGUGGCCCUUUCGCUUGGCCACUUGGCCAGUCUCUACAACUAUCACAUGCAUCAUCAUAGGAAGGCUGAAGAACUGUACCUGAGAUCCAUAGCCAUUGGCCACAAGUUGUUUGGGCCAGGAUAUUCGGGACUGGAAUACGACUACAGAGGACUCCUGCACGUCUACAAUGAGCUGGAAGAUGCCCAGAAAGUGGCCGAUUACCAUGACAUGAUCCGCCGAUGGCGUGCCUUGCGAGAAGCACAAAACAGGUCGGACAGGCCUGUGCUCAUGAACCUGGAGCCUGUCAAGCCCAUUGAAGAAAUCAUUUCUAAGUUUAAGAGCAUUGAGUAGAAUUUAUGAUCAUGUGCGCGCUUUUUAGUAAGUAUUAUUAAAAUAUCUCUCGCAAGCGUUUGUCAUCCAACCUGCCUUGACAUUAGAACCUAGACCCUCCCGCGUUGUAAUUUCUGUUCCCUCGCAAAAGCAUUAACAACUAAAUGAGUGUUUUUAAAAUUUCACAGAAUUGUUAUACAGGUUGGCCCAUAAGUAGUCCGUGAUCUUUGACAGCUCGCCACGGGCGAACCGUUGGUCGAAUUUGAAAAAUCUGCACAGAUUCUGAAAGCCCAACUUUCUACAAAUUUGCCUGGCAUAGUAAGAAUUUUGCCAGAGUUGAAAUUGUAAUUGUUUUAAAAGGAAAACUAAAAAAUGAGAAAGUGCCUUAUGGGACUUCCCAUAUAGCAGCAUUAUGAGUGUCGGAAGUUCAAAGUGAAAAUCAUGUUUUUUAGGUAAAUCGACCCUCCUGAACACGAAUCCGUGGUCGGUUUUUUUAAAUUCUCAUUAUUUCUAAUUUUUACCCUCAAUUUGCAAAUAUUUGCAAAAUGUGCCAAAAAAAACUAACACGUGGAGAUAAAAAUCUGAAAAUUGCUGGAGGGGUGGAUCUUGAACAUAGCAACAACGUAAUUUUUCCAUACUUGCUAUUUUCCGGAAAAUUGACGAUUUUCACAAGGGGUCCACGUUUUGGUCGAUUUCUCGAUUUCUAUGGGA